UAAAGCACAAAAAUAAAAACAUCCAGCCUCUGAAGGUAUGGCGACAAAUGAUUUAGGGUCGGCUAACAAUCACUUGGACAAUUUGUUUCCCGAAGUCGAAGAUGACAUUUUUUUAAGAAACUCUCAAAAAUUUGCAAAAGCCAACGAUGAAAUGGAUAAAAAACGUUGUAUGUCAACUACUAGACAGGAUAUAGAUAAGAAACGCAGACAAUUCGAGCAGCAUGCUUUGGAUUCAACAGAACGUUGCUUGGGUCUGCUCUCCGAAGCCGAGGAGGUAGGUGCAGGAACUGCCGUGGAGCUGACUAGACAGCACGAGCAGCUACAGAAAACGUACGUUCAUUUGGAUGAAACCAAUUCGACAUUACGCACCAGUCAAAGAUAUUUAACGGGACUGAAAAGUUGUAUUGGUGGGCUCAAAAACUAUUUCUCAAGGAAUAAUAGCAUUAUUCCAGCCAGGGACUCUAAUGCCUCUCAGAUGGCUAAGCCAAGUACCAAUGCGGAAAUAGUUUCAAUGACAUCGAAAAAACUGUGCGAUAAUCCUCCGUUAAGCAGAAUAGUUAACGAUCGUAGUGCUUCCCAGCAUCGUCCUAUACAGCGGGAAGAAAAUGAUUUCGAGUCACGACUAGAGUCGAAUCUCGGAAAUAUGUUGGACAGCGUGACGCGUUUAAAAGUCUUGGCCACAGAUAUGGGCACCGAAAUUGAAUUGCAUAAUGAUUUGAUCGACAAAAUAAACGAUAAAAUCGAGGAUGUGGACACAAUAAUGACUAAACAAAAUAAACAAAUAACUUUACUGCUGAAGAAAUAAAUUUAGGCUAAACUAUUUUUUAUGAAAAAUUGAUUUUUCCUUAUGAUAAUUUAAUUUGUUAUAAAAUAAACAUUCAAUAAAUUAAAUGUUUUGGAUUUCACGCUCA